UAUAAGUCGAGCUGCGCAAUGACAACAGUAGACCAGAAAUACGUACAGAGCACAUCGCUUCCAGGAGAGAAUACACAUUAACUCCAACAGGGACUGUUUCCUGAUACUUUUACUUCAAUUUUUUAGCUCAACGUCAUCGAAGCAGGAUGCCUUUCCUCGGACAGGACUGGAGGUCACCGGGUCAGAGUUGGGUUAAAACCGAAGAGGGAUGGAAAAAGACAACGUCAGACGAGAAAAACAACAAUAUCUCCGUGGAGAGCUUCUGCAAAGCUGAGGAGGAGGAGUGUUUCAAUAAAGAGAACCUGCUGCUCUCUCUUAACUACGACAUGGCUGCCAAGAAGAGGAAAAAGGACCUAAUGAACAACAACACCAAGGUCCCCUAUUUCCACAUGGAAAAGUGGAUUUAUGUUCAUAAAGGAAGCACCAAGGAGCGCCACGGAUAUUGUACAUUGGGAGAGGCCUUCAACCGCCUAGACUUCUGCAGCGCCAUCAAGGACACGAGGAGAUUUAAUUACGUCGUUCGACUGCUGGAGCUUAUCGCCAAGUCCAAGCUCCCCUCGCUCAGCGGAGUGGCGCAGAAAAACUACAUGAAUAUUCUGGACAGAGUGGUACAGAAAGUUCUCAAUGACCAGCAGAACAUUCGUCCCAUCAAGGAGCUGCUGCAGACGCUCUACGUCUCACUGUGUGGUCACGUUCAGGACAUGGGCAAGUCUGUCCUGGUGGGGAACAUCAACACCUGGCUGUACCGCAUGGAAAACAUCCUGCAGUGGCAUAAGCAGCUAGACAACAUCCAGAUCAACAGGCCCACAUCUACAGGCAUGUCUCUGACCGACCUGCCUGCCAGUCUGCAUUUGAACAUCAUGCAGCGUCUCACGGACGGCAGGGACCUGGUCAGCCUGGGCCAGGUGUGCCCCUCGUUUGGGGCCCUCGCUGAGGACCGGCUGCUGUGGAAGAGGCUCUGCCAUUACCACUUCACAGACAGACAGAUCCGAAAGCGUCUGAUGGUGUCAGACAAAGGUCACCUGGAGUGGAAGAAGAUGUACUCCAAGCUGAGCCGCUGCUAUCCUCACAGAGAGGAAUAUAGUGACACCCUGCACUUCUGCACACACUGCCACAUCCUUUUCUGGAAGGACACAAACCAUCCCUGCACAGCAAACAACCCAGAAAGCUGCACCAUGUCUCUCUCUCCUCAAGACUUCAUCAACCUUUUCAACUUCUGAUCCCCCCCGAAAAAAAUCCAGAUGAACUGACUGUACAUACUGUACAUAGAAAUGUACAAUAUCGUUUUUGUUAAUAGGACAAUCAAUUCCUGGAUGUGUAUUUAGUUGAGGCAUGACCGGAGGGGGCUCAGGCAGUGGGACAACUAUGCAAUUGAGAUUCUUUUGAACUUCUAAGGAGAGUUCACAGUUGAAAGUGAGUGAAUGUGACAGAGGAAAAGGAGAUGUAGCAGUCAGCCUGUGGAUAAAGGGAACACUCGUCUGUCAGAGUUAAGUCUUAGUUUAUUGUGGUCGUUGAAGUUGCGCCUCCAAAGCAAACGCACCUCUUGACCUCAGAUGUGUGCAGUUGUUUUUCCCAAUUUGGGAAUUUGUUUUGAUUUACAUUUUUUGGUUUUCAACCCAUGUAAUUGUGGGUUUUUUUUUUUUUUUUUUACAACACAAAGUAAGAAGAUUAUUCAAACCUGUUUUGAAAUUGUGAUUUGUUUGAUCUGUUACAAGGCCGGCUCAUAUGGGGGAUGCAAUGUGUGUGACGUUCAGAUGAGGAUUACAAUAGUAUUGUUCGGCACAGGGAUGGAGAGGCAUAAGUCUUGAGUUGCUGCAGUAUCUAAGAGGUAAUUAAUGUUAGCAAUGGAGUCGGUAAUUGAUCAUUAGACUGAGUCUAUGAUAAUGUUGGCACACCACAAUAUGUAUUUUUUUUUAUCUUUCUUUGCUGUUUUCCACUUUUAUAAGGAUUUGAUAUUACUUUUUUUAUUAUUAUUGUGUUCAUGUUCUGCUGUGGCUGCUAUAGCAACAGCACCUGUGUGCAGUAUUACCAAAGAUUGUAGUUAAAGUCAACAUAACAAUGGCGUGUGCCUUUUCACAAAACUUGAAACCGGUACAGCUUAAUUCUUGUUUGGAAUGUUUUCAGAUCCUGAUGCUGUUUUUAUCAUCAUCAACAAUUGUCUCAUUUACAGAAGAGUGGUAUUUAAUCCUGAGGCUCUGAUACCAAAGUUGACUGUUUGAAACAUCUUAUUUUUCUGUAGCCUACUGCAUGAUUUUUAAACACACAGCCGAUUGUGUUUACUUAUUUAUUUAUUGAGAUUAUAGCAAGGAAUGGUAAUAUUGGUGUUAAGGUGCAAUUUGACCCAGACUUUCCUCAAUUGCUGCUCAGACAGUGAGGAAUGAUGUACAUGCUAUGCAAUGCGUUCUGUUUAUGUUCUGUUGAAUAAAUAAAAUAAAAUAACCUUACCU